AUGUGGGCUCAAAGAGCUUGUGCCCCAAGUCUGCAGCCCAGCUUCGCCAAAGUGCUGGACGAGCCCAGUACCAUAGUCGCGAUUGCAGAGGGCGCCCAGUAUUCAACUAGCAUCGUCAUUCAGGUGUCGCGGCUGAAGCAGCAGUCCCUCGAUCGCGAUGCAGCUGCAGAGGUGGAGAAGUCGGCGCUGCAGAGCCAGCUGGACGCCGCGAGGCGCGAGGCCGAGGCGCAGCGGCUCCGCGCCGAGGCCUCGCCGCCCCGCGCCAGCGCCGGGCGCGCCCGGCUGGAGGCCGCGGAGCGCGAGGUGCAGGAAGAUUUCCAGCAGAAGUAG